UCGGCCCCAGUCGCGGCGAAGAUCCGCUGUCGGCGGGACUUCCGUGUUGGCGGGAUUCUGAACGCUGCCAUGGCUCAGACCGUGCAGAACGUUACAUUGUCGCUCACUCUGCCCAUCACGUGCCACAUUUGCUUGGGGAAGGUACGUCAGCCUGUCAUUUGUAUCAACAACCAUGUAUUUUGUUCAAUUUGCAUUGAUUUAUGGUUGAAGAAUAAUAGCCAGUGCCCAGCUUGCAGAGUCCCCAUCACUCCUGAAAAUCCUUGCAAAGAGAUUAUCGGAGGGACAAGUGAAAGUGAACCUAUGCUAAGCCAUACAGUCAGGAAGCACCUUCGGAAAACUAGACUUGAGUUACUCCAUAAAGAAUAUGAGGAUGAAAUAGAUUGUCUGCAGAAAGAGGUAGAAGAACUUAAAAGUAAAAAUCUCAGCUUGGAGUCACAGAUCAAGACUAUCCUGGAUCCUUUAACUUUAAUGAAGGGCAACCAAAACGAAGACAAACAUCCAGUUACAGAUACUCCAAAUAAAAUUGAUCCAGAAACUGUAUCAGAGUGGAAGAAAAAACUAAGAACAGCUAAUGAAAUAUACGAAAAAGUGAAAGAUGAUGUGGACAAAUUAAAGGAGGUGAAUAAAAAAUUGAAAUUGGAAAAUGGUGGCCUGGUGAGGGAGAAUUUACGACUGAAAGCUGAAGUUGAUAACAGAUCGCCGCAGAAGUUUGGAAGGUUUACGGUAGCUGCUCUUCAGUCCAAAGUAGAACAGUAUGAACGUGAAACCAAUCGCCUUAAGAAAGCCCUGGAACGAAGUGAUAAGUACAUAGAAGAACUUGAAUCUCAAAUUUCACAGCUAAAAAGUGCAAGUGAAGAGAAGGAAUCUCUGAAUUCCAUUUGCCAGAGAGCACUUUCUACAGAUGGCAGUGGCAGCGAGGAAGAUAUGGCAUCAAAGAAUCAGGGUGAUGGUGCCAGAAAACAGCUUGGCUCCUCUACCUCUUGUUCUCACCUGGCAAAACCUUCUAGCAGUUCUGCCAGGCAGGAAAGCACUAAUGAAUCAGAACCAAAUUGUUCUAAGAACAAAGAUCUGUAUCAGAAGCAGGUGGAAAUAAUGUUAGAUGUGGCAGACACAAAUAUGGACACUUAUUUGGAAAGAGAGUGGAAUAACAAGCCAAGUGACUGUGUAUCCUACAAAGAUGAAGAACUUUAUGAUCUGCCAGCACCAUGUACGCCUUUAUCCCUUAGCUGUCUUCAGCUCAAUACUCCAGAAAAUAGAGAGAGCUCCGUGGCCGAAGCUGGAAGUUCCAAAAAGCACUCAAACCACCUCAGAAAACUGGUAUUUGAUGACUUUUGUGAUUCUCCAAGUGUUUGUAAUAAAGAUUCUUCUGAAAAUGACAGAAGUGAAAAUGAAAAGAAAUCAGAAUGUUUUACUUCCCCAAAAACCGGAUUUUGGGAUUGUUGUACUACAAGCUAUGCCCAAACCUUGGAUUUUGAAAGUUCAGAAGGGAAUACAAUUGCAAAUUCUGUUGGAGAAAUUUCUUCAAAAUUGAGUGAGAAAUCAAACUCAUGUUUAUCCAAGAGGCUGAAUUCUAUUCGCUCAUUUGAAAUGAAUAGGACAAGAACAUCCAGUGAAGCAUCAAUGGAUGCUGCUUACCUUGACAAAAUCUCUGAAUUGGAUUCAAUGAUGUCAGAAUCAGACAACAGCAAGAGUCCUUGUAAUAAUGGCUUUAAGUCUGUGGAUUUGGAUGGGUUAUCAAAGUCAUCGCAAGGCAGUGAAUUUCUUGAGGAACCUGAUAAGUUGGAAGAAAGAACUAAGUCACAUCUUUCCAAAGGUUCUCUAACUACUGAUCAGUUAGAAAAUGGAAAUGACUGGAAACCUACUUUUUUUCUCCUCUCCCCUUCUGACCAGGAAAUGAAUGAAGAUUUUCCACUCCAUCCCACUUCUAACUCAGUAACUAAUGAAAUUAAACCCCCAAGCUGUUUGUUUCAAACUGAGUUUUCCCAAGAUGUUUUGUUAAGCAGUUCCCACCGUCUAUUUGAAGAUCAAAGAUUUGGGUCAUCUUUGUUUAAGAUGUCUUCAGAGAUGCAUGGUCUUCAUAACCACCUUCAGUCUCCUUGGUCCUCUUCAUUUGUGCCUGAGAAGAGGAACAAAAAUGUCAAUCAGUCAACAAAAAGAAAAAUCCAGAGCAGCCUUUCCAAUGCCAGUCCCUCAAAAGCAACUAAAAGUUGACUCAUUAGAUUGUUGUCAUUUAUGAUUCUGUCCUGUGAGGAAUAUGUGUUGAAGGUUACUUUUUUUUCUCCCCCUCAUGAAAGUUAUACACAAUUUUAAAUUGGUAAUCUUUAGUCAGGUAUCAAGUCAUAAUUGUGAUUCCACAUGUAUUUUAAUUUCCACAUUUAUUUUAACUCAUUUAGAGUUGGCUUUCAUUUUCAUGUGGGGAUCUUUUUGACCAGAAAAAGUAGGACAGGGUUUUCGUUUUAAUGAACAUGUUAUGUCACUGGUUUGGGCUGUACUUUAUUUUCUGCAGUCUUGGCGUAAGUAUUCAACUAUCCUGUUAAUGGGCCUCAGUUGUCUUCAGAACUUAAGUAUCUUAAAUAAAACUUUUACUUUUGUACACUUCUUAAGAUCCUAGAGUUUCUGGAAAGCUUUGCCUAGAGUGGAAAGUAUUCUGCCUGCCCCCUUUUAUUUAUGUUUAGUGAUGAACUUUUAUGCAAGGCCAUGAUGAAGAAAUAGCACUCUUACCUUAGUCCAGUGUGCUUAGGUUUAAUGUAAUCUGUUUGUUGCUCCAUCUCUUUUUCCCCCCUCCCUUUCCUUCUCAUCCUCCUCUUCAUCUAUUUUAAGGUGUCAGCAGGGCUUUGUGCAUGUGCCAUUCAUCAUUUCAGAACACUUUUUUUUUUUUUUCUAUUCAGAGACAGAGAGAGAGAGAGAGAGAGGUAAAGAGGUGGGAAACACCAUAGCGCUGAAGAUUCUUCCAUUGCCACAGUACCUCCUACAUGGUGCUGCAACCUGAACCUGAGUCACCUGACUGGCAGUGCAGAUACCUGCCCAGUGAGCUAUCUUUCCAGCCCCCUGUGUUUGCAUUUUAACAUUGUGUGGUGUCCAGUUAUUGUGAAAAUGUACUGCUAGUAUGAAAGAAUAGAUUUUCAAUAUAAGAAGUAUUUGUUUUAUGUUCCUAUCUUUCACUUACUCAUCUUUUGUGUAUAUUGUAGAUUAGAAACUGAAUCUACUUUGGAAAGAAGGCAUGGAACUGUUGGUUGGGAGGAAUCUAACCAUAGUAGUAUCAUUGUGUCAGAUACACAGGUGCAAAAGUACAAAUAACUAAGUUCUUGUUUCAUUUACAUCCCAGGGAUUUUUUUCUUGUGAUAAAGUUAUUUGCAUGUUGCUGUUCUUGUGAAAAUUCUGUAUGCAUGAUAGCAUUCCUGCUUGCACUAUUUGCUUACUGAAAAGAAAUUUCAAUUGGCUAAUAAAGUAACUUUAAUGUAGGUCAAAAAAAUAAAAUCGAGGGGUUGUGGAUAGGUGGGCUAAGCACAAUUUUUUAAAAUUUAGGCUCUGAAAAAUCUAUACAUGUUUGGUAUGCCCUAUGUAAGCCUUUAAAAAUAGUUUGUAUGCUAAUGACUUGUUUAUCUAAUGUGCACUGAACAUUUUACAUUAAUACUGUCCGGUUUUACAUUAAUACUGCAUGCUUUUCUAUGUGAAUUGAAUAAAAUAUGUCAUAAGCACUGUAA